UAUGAUGGCUGAACCAAGUAGAAUCUUAACUAUUAUGAUGGUUGGACCAAGUAGAAUCUUAACUAUUAUGAUGGCUGGACCAAGUAGAAUCUUAACUAUUAGGAUGGCUGAACCAAGUAGAAUCUUAACUAUUAUGAUGGCUGGAACAAGUAGAAUCUUAACUAUUAGGAUGGCUGAACCAAGUAGAAUCUUAACUAUUAUGAUGGCAGGACCAAGUAGAAUCUUAACUAUUAGGAUGGCUGAACCAAGUAGAAACUUAACUAUUAUGAUGGCUGGACCAAGUAGAAUCUUAACUAUUAUGGUGGCUGGACCAAGUAGAAUCUUAACUAUUAGGAUGGCUGUACUAAGUAGAAUCUUAACUGUUCGAAUGGCCGGAACAAGUAGAAUUUUAACUAUUAUGAUGGCUGGACCAAGUAGAAUCUUAACUAUUAGGAUGGCUGGACCAAGUAGAAUCUUAACUAUUAGGAUGGCUGAACCAAGUAGAAUCUUAACUAUUAUGAUGGGUGGACCAAGUAGAAUCUUAACUAUUAUGAUGGCUGGACAAAGUAGAAUUUUAACUAUUAUGAUGGCUAGACCAAGUAGAAUCUUAACUAUUAGGAUGGCUGAACCAAGUAGAAUCUUAACUAUUAUGAUGGCUGGACCAAGUAGAAUCUUAACUAUUAGGAUGGCUGAAUCAAGUAGAAUCUUAACUAUUAUGAUGGCUGGACCAAGUAGAAUCUUAACUAUUAUGAUGGCUGAAUCAAGUAGAAUCUUAACUAUUAGGAUAGCUGGACCAAGUAGAAUCUUAACUAUUAUGAUGGUUGGACCAAAUAGAAUCUUAACUAUUAGGAUGGCUGGACCAAGUAGAAUCUUAACUACUAGGAUGGCUGAACCAAGUAGAAUCUUAACUAUUAGGAUGGCUGAACCAAGUAGAAUCUUAACUAUUAGGAUAGCUGGACCAAGUAGAAUCUUAACUAUUAGGAUAACUGGACCAAGUAGAAUCUUAACUAUUAUGAUGGCUGGACCAAGUAGAAUCUUAACUAUUAUGAUGGCUGAGCCAAGUAGAAUCUUAUCUAUUAUGAUGGCUGGACCAAGUAGAAUCUUAACUAUUAUGAUGGGUGGACCAAGCAGAAUCUUAACUAUUCGGACAGCUGGACCACACAUUCAGGUUAUCGUGUCUGAGGACUUGGUAAAUUUCUGGCAUUAAAUUAUAAUAUUUAAGAUUUUAUAAGAACUUAAACAAACGUUUAGUUUUGACAAGUAUUCAUAAAACAAAAAUGAAGCAUACACAUAUUUUAUUUGAAAAAUAAUGAACCCACAUGUGUUAUAUUUAAAUCAAAGUGAAUGUGUAUAUCGUCUUAGAAGACAACGUAUUCAAGGAUAUUACUUUUAAUACAAAAUCAUGACUGUAUUUUCCAACCAGCAAGAACUCAAUAACCAAUGAGGACUACAUUUCUUUUGAAAACAUUAAAAACCUACCCCUUUGAUGUCUAGCUUGAAGGAAAAUCGAUAUCAAUCCGACGUACUGAACUGAAGAAAUCGUGGCCUCCACAAGCCCUUAUCAGUUCUCCGUCCAGAGAUAUAAAUACUGUCUGGACAGUCGAAUGAUAA